UCGUCUGAAGUUUGUGAGGAGCAGGUUUACUGAGGAGGAGACGGAGCGGCCACAGGAGGAACAAGCAACGGGGCAAGAUGUGAGGAGCACCGCUGGCUGCAAACCCCGGGCGCAGGCAUGGGCUGCCGAGCCAGCAAACUCUGCCUCAGCCCUGGAGCCAGGAAGAAGAGACGUCACAAGGCAAAGAACGAGCAAGAGCUGAAUGACGUAAAUGAUAAUGGGACCCAAAAGAUCAAGGACAAUGAGCAGGAAAUUCAAAACCUCCUUCAGAGAUUCCAGGAGGAGAAGGUUGCUCUGGAAAAGGCCAACAGCCUCAAGUUGGAAGAGCUGGAAUGUGAGGUGAAAGAACAGGCAAAGAGAGAUGCAGAAGCAGAGACAGAGCGGCGACUUUCUGAAAAGGCCACAGAGAUGAAAGCUGAAAUGGAUGUGAAAAUUGCAGAGCUGCAGAAAUCCUUUGAGAAAGAAAAGGCCUCACUUACAGAAACCAUCACUGACCUUAAAAGCCAGUUGGAAUCCUUUUUACAAAAAAUUCAGCAAAGUGAGGAAUCGGCCUUGAAACAAAACUACGAAAGACAUAUUAAGGAUUAUGGGAGCCCUGGUGAGUUCUGGGAACAAGAACUGCACAGCUUAUACUUUGUGAUUGAAAUGAAGAGCAACCUGAACAAGGAAAAAGACAAGAAGCUACUGAACCAGCAAGUCAUGAUGGAGAGAAUCCUUACACUGGAGGAGAAAGUGAAGAUGCUCCAGCAGGAGAAUGAAGCCCUUCAAGAACAGACACAGAAUCACUCCACCAUCGCGAUGUGCUUGACUGAGGAGCUUCUGAGCACUAAGGCUGCCCUGGAGAAGGAAAUACAGCUCCGGGAACAGCUUCAACAUGAUAAAGAGCAGCACGUGUAUCGGGCAGUCAGCAGGGAGCCGUCCUUGCCAUUCUCAUUGUCUAUUUCCUCACAGGAUGUGGCUGUUUUGGUGACUUAGACCAAAGACCAAUAAAAACUAAUGGACAAAUUGUUUAAUCAUUGUUUUAUACUGAAGCUGAACUGGCCUGAUCCAAGGAUUGCCGUCUCUCCUGGAUGGAGCCAGAUGUUGGAUUUUAUUUAUUACUUUUAAUUAUAUAAUCAAUAAACCCAGUUCUUGUCACUGGUGUCCAUAACUGAAUGAGUGCUUCACCCCCUCCACCACUCGUAAUAAUCCUUCUUGUUACCCUGUCACUAAUCCGGAACCGAAGAACACGACUGUCAUUAAACUCUAGAUUUCUACUUCUC